AAGGCGGAAAAUAACACGGAAAUACCGCAUAGAAAACAAGACACGUCGGCUGUGUUCAACAACACGUAUGUGCAGCCACAAUGGGUCAUAACUGAACAUAUUCUAGUGAAUUUCAGACUGCAGCAUUGUUGUGUUUGUUAGUUUAGUCACCGCCCAUCUGUUUUUCGCUCCUAAAUGGAGAACGAUAGCGGUGUGCUGUUGGCCUCAGAGAGAUAUGGCAGUGCAGAGUCCUGGAAGUAUUUUGCAAAGGAUGGAGUGGUGGAGAGGAGGAGGGAUGGCAGUGGAGGUGAAUCGAGAGGAACCUCUGUCGUUGGAGUUUUUAAAAGUGUGUUUCUGCCUCAAGGCUACCCAGAGAGUGUCAGUGGAGAUUACCUGCAGUACCAGUUCUGGGAUACUGUGCAGGCUUUCUCCAGCUCUCUGUCAGGGACUCUGGCCACUCAGGCCUCUCUGAAAGGAGUCGGCGUGGGAAACCAAGAGGCGACAGUAGCUGCAGCCACAGUCACCUGGUUAUUGAGAGAUGGAACGGGCAUGUUGGGAAGAAUCCUCUUCGCCUGGCGGAAAGGGAGUAAACUGGACUCUGAGGCCAAAAAAUGGAGGCUUUUUGCUGAUGUUCUCAACGACAUUGCCAUGUUCAUGGAGAUACUGGCUCCAUACUUUCCUCCUUUCUUCACCCUGAUUGUGUGUACUGCAGGAGUAUUCAAGUCCAUCGUUGGAGUGGCAGGCGGAGCGACCAGAGCUGCUCUGACUGUUCAUCAGGCUCGCAGAGACAACAUGGCGGACAUCUCUGCCAAAGAUGGCAGUCAGGAGACUUUAGUGAACUUGGCUGGACUGCUGGUCAGUUUGAUACUCAUUCCCCUCGUCACUAAUAAUCCAGUACUGACUCUCAGCCUCUUCUUCCUCUUCACCACCCUCCACCUCUUUGCCAACUACAAGGCUGUGCGUUCGGUUGUCAUGGAAACCUUCAAUGAGGCGCGGCUUUCGAUCGUGUUGCAGCACUACCUGAGUGACAAACGAAUCCUGAGUCCACCAGAGGCCAAUCGAAGAGAGCCAGUUUUCUUGGAGUUUAGGAAAACGGUGCCAAUCAAACUCGGAGUGAGGCUACAGGAGGUUGUGCAAAGCCCAGAGGAACUUCAGUUGGCUUUGAAGAAAAACAACAUGCCUUACCUCUUAGGAAUGAGAGACGGGUGCGUAUGUGUUUGUUUGGGACCAGAGGCGUCAGUUCAUGAUGAAAUCAGGGCAAUGUGCCAGGCCGUGUGGAUCAGCAGCAAGCUGAGCCCUCCAGCUUCCACAGAAACUCCUACACAACAACAGCAAAGUCACUGGGAAAUGGUGCAUGAGAGUCACAAGCUGAUGGAUGCAAUUUUCAAUCCAUUUCUCAAAGGUGUGGAAGCAGCAGGAUGGGACACAAAACGAACUCUGCUGGACUGGGAUGAGUGGAGGGUGGAGUGGAAAUCUAAAAGCAACUGAGCUUCAGGAAAUUGUCAUUGUUUAUACUACAUUGUUUAACAUCUAUUAAACAAUGAGAUUUUUUAAAUACUCCUAGUUUGAUUCAUUCUGUGUUCAAAUCUCAACAGGGAUGUAUUAGUUUUUAUAAUCUAUAUUUUGUACAGAAAUAUUUAGAUUUUUUCGACGGCUAAUUAAAAAAACUGAAGAAUCAGUGAGCAAAG